UUAAAAUUUUUGUUGAUCCAACUCUUUUAUUUAGAGCAACUCUCACUAUAGGACUUCAAAUAUUUCAACUUGGCAAAUGGUCAGGAUUUUUAUAAGUGAAUCCAUUCUUCUCUCCCAACAUCUGCUCUCAAUAUUCCCAAAUGUUUUUGGGUUGUUCUCCUUUCACGUGGAGGGGUUUGUUUGCUUUUUUUUAUAAACUACACAGAGAGGUUGGGUCUUGCCUCAUUGAUGCUGCUGAUAAAAAUGGGCACUGAUUUUGAGAAAAAUCAGACUUUAAGGCAAAGGAGGGGAGGUUGAAACAUAUUUAUUUAUUUAUAAGGCAAAAUAGUCUCUGAAAGAUUAACUUACCACUGGGACAACAAACACUCAGAUCAUUGGCCAAGGAGAUCUCACGUUAUCAAAUUCUUCUCAAAUUGCAUCACCUGAAGCUUAUGGAGGACAGAAAAACUGGGAAAUCUCAUUAGAAAUUCCUUCUGGCUACAACAAAUCUGUGAAAAAUCUAGAAAUCCUGGUUUGUAAGUUAACAAGGAGCGAGUUUUUCGUGAGUCCAAACCAUAAAUGUAAGAAUUUCAUCAACUCUUUCCCAAAAAACACCAUCUCUGUGUCACUUUUUGGCUUUCACUGGAGCAGAGGCAUCCAAGGAAAGAGAUAUUGGAAAAGCAGGUGAAUGUCUUCAGGUUAGACCUGCCAAAUCCCACUGGCUGCUUUCAUUUUGGAUGCAUUUCCCCCCUUAGACCAUCUUCUUGUCCACGUAAUAUUUUAAAACAUUUUAAAAUCCCGACUUGUCGCUUUUGCAGGGAAUUUCACCAGGAGCAAAAGUCAAACUAGGAGUUCACAGAAACCAAAAUAUCCCGUGGAAAAUAAGUGAGUCACCUCUGUGUUGUCAUGGUGGAGCCUUUUGUUGGAUGGAGUACACCUGAGAAAACAACAGGGAGAGGAUCAGGAAUAGUCCAGAGUCUAGAAAAUUUGACCUGCAGGAAAGAUGGAAAGAACCUGAUAAUUUUUAAAGAGAGACCUAAAGAUACAAUAAGAGCUGUAACAUGAUUUUCCUGCUACAAGGAGGCACUAAAGAACCUGUUACUUUGCUAAAGAAAAAAAGAAGAAACAAGCCAAGAAUUAAGGAAAGAGUUACGGAAGAGCUAAGGAAAUAGUUAAGGAAGAGUUAAGGAAAGAGCUAAGGAAAGAGUUAAGGAAAGCUUCCCUUCCCCUUCAAUUUAUAUAAGAUUUGUCUGGUACAUAUUUAAAUGUGGAAAACUUGGAAGAAAGCUAAAGAAUGUCAGCUGAGUGUCUCCAAGUGCCUGUGGACAGCUGUGGAAUAUCUUGGUGCCGAGAGGUUUCUGCCGGGAUUUGCAGGUUCCCAGAAGAUGCCAUGACUGUGUCCCAAAUCCAAACCAGCAAAGACUAAGUGCCAGUCUCCUUCAGCCAGAGAGAAAUGAAUGUUCCAGAGUAACACAUUCAGCAACACCCCAAAAGUUUGUGCUGCCACCUUCACAACUCAUGUCCCAGAGCGGGCGGCCGGGGUGUACCACCGGGAAUCCCGCUCCGGGAAGUACCAGCUCACCUACGCCGAGGCCAAGGCCGUGUGCGAGUACGAGGGAGGACACCUGGCCACGUACCAGCAGCUGGAGGCGGCCCGGAAAAUAGGUUUCCACGUGUGUGCUGCUGGCUGGAUGGCCAAGGGCAGGGUUGGUUAUCCCAUCGUAAAAGCCGGAGCCAACUGUGGCUUUGGAAGGACUGGAAUUGUUGACUACGGGAUUCGCCUCAACCGGAGCGAGAGAUGGGACGCCUACUGCUACAACCCCAACGGAAAGGAGUGUGGUGGAGUCUUCACAGAUUCCAGGCAUGUUUUUAAGUCACCAGGGUACCCAAAUGAGUAUGAAAACGAGCAGAUUUGCUACUGGCACAUCAGAGUCAAGUAUGGGCAGAGGAUCCACCUGCAGUUCCUGGAGUUUGAUGUGGAAGACGACGUCGCUUGUAUGGCGGAUUUCUUGGAAAUCUAUGACAGCUACGAUGAUGUCAAUGGCUUUGUGGGCAGGUUUUGUGGAGAUGAGUUGCCAGAUGACAUCAUCAGCACAGGCAAUGUGAUGACCUUGAAGUUUUUGACAGAUGCCUCAGUCACUGCUGGUGGGUUUCAGAUCAGAUACACUACCAUGGACACGCCUUCCAAGGCAGGUGAUGGAAGGAAUGCAACAUCCCAAGGAAAAACAAACUACUUAUCCGGAAAAUUCGGUGUCAUGUGAGCAGAGGAACCAGCUACACUCGUUAAGAACCCUGUCUUAGAAUGAACCCAAUGCAGAUAUCUGUGUCUUCAGAUAAGACAUUUUGUUCAUCUCUUCCUGACUUUUUAUUUUCCGCUUUUCUAAGAGUUUUGUUAAUAAACUACACUAGGAAAUAAAUUAUAAAAUACACUUACAUGAAUAAUAGAAAACUAUUUUUAGGAUACAAGUACUGUAAAAAUCUGUUACCAUAGAUUUUAAAAUUAUUUUUGUAUAUAAACUGCUCCUUCCCCUCAUUUCUUGUCCUGUUUGAUCAAAGUUUUUGUGUGACUGUUUCAACUAUUUUAAAAUUUAA